CUUGACAGUUUUUCCCAACACGCAGAAUGUUUCCAAUUAGUAAGUCUGUGGCCAUUUUCCUGAUGGUUACAAAUGUGAUGCUGUUCUCUGUCGUGGUGUAUAAAACAUCACAGCUGUACACGAAACCGCACUCUACCAUCUUCAGUAACUCGGAGAUCUGUCACAAGGCCACGUGUAUACCAGGAGAGACGUGCUGUGACGUCACUGCAACUAACAAAACCGUCAAUGGUUCUUUCUAUUGUUGUUACCAUGACUACGGGGAACGUGUUCGUAGUAUUAUGCUAAAGCAACUGGAUCAAAAUUAUGAAAGAGAUAUCAGAAAUGACUACCAUCUCCAGAGGGUAAGGAAAGUUGCUGUUGUUGUAAACGAAGACAAAACUCAACAGAAACCCGCUGCUCAUCUUCAGAUGGACCCUGAUGAACAGUAUGACAAAGAUAAAUAUAUCUCAGCUCUCCGGUGGAAAUCAAAUGGGAAGAGAUCGUUUGUGAAAGACGGACUCACUGUCGUUGAGGAAGGGAUUCGGGUGGAGAAAGAAGGGAACUAUUUCAUCUACAGCAAUGUCGUGUUUUACGGUAACCAGACUAAGGAACUCGAUGUCGCCAGACUUUGUCAUUACGUAUACAAACGCGAUCCCACGACACCAAGGUCUACAGUCCAAAAGCUGUCGUCCAACUGCCAAUCGACGUGUAAAAUCCGACGAGGAAAGCCCGCCUUCGCGACAUCCUACAUCGGCGCUGUGUACCAUCUGAAGGCCGGUGCCACGGUGAUGGCGAUGACGUCGUCGGUGGAGAGACUUGUCAAACAGCCACAGUCGACGUACUUCGGAAUUUACAUGAUUUAA